AAGUUCAGUUCAGGCGAGACGCUGUGCAGCGCGAGAGACUGUCUGAAGGCUUCGUGAGUUCGCAGCUUUGUUGAUAUUUUGGCGAUAUUUGCGGAGAAAUCAGUUUCAGCAUCAAGGCCGAGUUUUUCAUCCGAGAUCCCUUUCAGCAAGGUCCUUGGAUUCAGUUAUUUGGGUUUUCUCACCAUCAUGGCAACAAGGGGGAUUGGCUCUGAUGACGUGGAGAGUAGUUUGGAAGGGGAGUUUGGUGGCAACAUGGCGACUGCAAAACGCUACAGGUGUGAGGAGUGCAGGAAGCAGUUCAGUCAUCUGGGUAAUCUGAAGAGACACAGCCAUACUCACACAGGAGAGAAACCCUACAGGUGUGAGGAGUGCGGCAAGCAGUUCAGUCAGCUGGGUCAUCUGAAGAGGCACAUGAGGACUCACACAGGGGAGAAACCAUACAGGUGUGAGGAGUGCAGCAAGCAGUUCAGUCAUCUGGGUCAUCUAAAGACUCACAUGCGGACUCACACCGAUGAGAAACCCUACAGGUGUGAGGAGUGUAGCAGGCAGUUCAGUCAUCUCAGUAAUCUGAAGACCCACAUGCGGACUCACACUGGUGAGAAACCCUACAAGUGUGAGGAGUGUGGCAGACAGUUCAGUCUACUGUGUCAUCUGAAAACUCACAUGCAUACUCACACUGGUGAGAAACCCUACAGGUGUGAGGAGUGUGGCAGGCAGGUCAGUCAGCUGAGUCAUCUAAAAAUUCAUAUGCGGACUCACACAGGGGAGAAACCCUACAGGUGUGAGGAGUGCAGCAAGCAGUUCAGUAAGCAGGGUGACCUGAAGACUCACAUGCGAACUCACACAGGUGAGAAACCCUACAGGUGUGAGGAGUGCAGCAAGCAGUUCAGUCACCUGGGUGAGCUGAGAAUUCACACGCGGACUCACACUGGAGAGAGACCCUACAAGUGUCACGAGUGCAUCAAGCAGUUCAGUCAGCUGGGUGACCUGAAGAGACACAUGCGGACUCACACAGGGGAGAAACCCUACAGGUGUGAGGAGUGCAGCAAGCAGUUCACUACCGCAGGUGAACUGAAGAGUCACAGUCGGACUCACACUGGUGAGAAACCCUACAGGUGUGAGGAGUGUGGCAAACAGUUCAGAAACCUUGGUCAACUGAAGAGACACAUGCGAACUCAUACAGGUGAGAAACCCUUCAGUUGUGAGGAGUGUAGCAAGCAAUUCACUGAUCAAUGUGCUUUGAAGAAACACGUACGGACUCACACAGGAGAGAAACCCUACAGGUGUGAGGAGUGCGGCAGGCAGUUCAGUGAGCAGGGUAGUCUGAAGAACCACAUGCGGAUACACACUGGGGAGAAACCCUACAAGUGUGAGGAGUGUGGCAAACAUUUCAAGCAGCUGGGUCAUCUGAAGAUCCACAUGCGGACUCACACAGGAGAGAAACCCUACGAGUGUGAGGAGUGCAGCAGGCAGUUCAGUGAGCAGGGUAGUCUGAAGUCACACAUGCGGACUCACACUGGUGAGAAACCCUACAGGUGUGAGGAGUGCAGUAAACAGUUCAGUCAUCUUUGCAGUCUGAAGACCCACAAACGGACUCACACUAGGCAUGAUUCUUAAAAA